AUUGAGGGAGCUGGAAUCAAGUUUCCAGAAAACAAAGCAGCGGGAGUUUCUCUCCGUAGUUCCCGAGUAAGUUAUAUGUACAUAUAAGUAAUUACUUAAAUUAAGUAAAAAACAGAAAUUAUACUUUUUAAUUUAGCUACAUUACAGCAACCUUGUUUUCAGAAGGCUCCAUGAAUGAUGUUAAUUACACCGUAUAUUAAAUUUAGUUAAUUACACCGUAUAUUAAAUGACAUUCUAGCUCAAAAUGCCAAAUUCAGUUGGUACGAAGAAGUCGAAAGCUGUCGAAAUGUUAUUGGAAGAACUUAGAGUUGGUUUGUAUAUCAUAUAUAUUUUUUUUAAUUCCGUGUUGAGCCACCUUAACAACAAUUGCUUUGUUUUUGUGUAGAACUGGUUCCUAUGCCAACAGAGGAAAUAUGCAAGAAAUUCAACGAAUUAAGGUAAAAAUAUUUUCUUUAACUUCUCUAACGGAAUGACAAACAGGGGCCAGUUGUUCAAAGCUGGGUUAGCUUAACCCCUGGGUUAACCUAAAAUUCAAAGCAAAGUUCCUGACAGCUUGUCUAUAAAUUUUGGAAAUAUUUCUUCAGAGAUCUUGUCUGGAUCGAUAGGAGUUUUCUUCUCUGAAGUUUUGAAAUGGAACAGACGUGCAGAAAUACAUAAACUAAAACAGCAAGUUAAAUUUUAACCAAGGGUUGACGCUAACCCACCUUAAACAACCUGCCCCUGACCUUUUAAUGUGUAACAAGGUAUGAGCAAUUUACUAAAAUGAUGUAUUUUUGCUUAAUUUAGAAAUGACAUCAUUCUUCUUUAUGAUCUGAAGCAAGCGUCUACAAAUUGUGAAUUUGAAUUACAAUCUUUAAGGUACGUUCGGACUAACCUGAAGUUCAGGCCCUAAUUUCAAAUAGGGCCUGACACAAAACCUGUCUAGACCGUGGGACGCCCACAUGUUAUUUUUAGACACACGUGCAAUAUGAUUGACAAGUGUUGUAGAUUUCGUUACACAAAAAAUUUAUAUUCUCAUGAACAUGUCCGCAGAGAAUUUUGCUUUUUAAUUAAACUUAAAAAUUCAAGGUACUUUUAUAUAAUUAAGAGUCAGUUUCUCUAUUUAACCGAACAGGCGAACAGCAAACAAAGAUUUAAUUAGUCAGUUCUGUGCACGGCUUGACUGCCAAGCUUUCUCAAGGUCUCAACUUGCAUGCUGGACGCGGAUAUACUCUAACGACUAACGGGCUAAUAACAGCAACAAUUAAAUUCUCAAUCAUACCACGAAGAAGGCGAUGUAGCUCAGAAAACAAUUAUGCCGGUAGGACCUGAUAUUAAAAAUAAGACUUUUGCCGGCGAAGCAAGUUGGCAGAACAUCUUGGCUGUCAACAACAAGCUUUCGAAUACAGGACUAGUUUGGCUGUUCUUUCAGUGUCGUGUGUGUCCAAAAUUCGUCAAAGAUUUUGAUGAAGCCCUUUCAAAAUACUGUUUGUUUGAUUUAUUUUCUUCCAUAAAGCAUAAAAGAAAAGAAAUUCGAAGAAAUCGAUAAUGGAAUUUGUUACGUGCGUUUGACCUUUAUAUUAAUUUUCGCCUUGACCGAGCUAUUUUUAAAACUGUUGUUUAUGUGAACUUGCAACCAAUCAAAAUCCUUCAUGAUGCUGAUCAACCAAUCAGAUUUCCCGUCCACCAGGUGGACGGGAAUCCCACACUUUAGAUAGGUUUUGUGUCAGGCCCUAUUCUGUGAUAGGGCCUGAACUUCAGGUUACGUUCGGACAUACUGUCAUUACUCUGUAUGUAAUUUAUGGUAAUUUCGUGCCAAUAUUGCUUCUCAUUCAUACCUUUAAUCAGUGUUAUUUGGUCCCUUAAAAAUAAAUCACAUUUUGAUUAAUAGUAGUAGUAUAUCAUGUUUCAACAGUAUAUUGCUUAUUUUUAGACACAGAUAUGAGACACUCGUGCCUGGCAAAGAUAUAGCAGAAACAGGUAUGUAUAAUAACUUCAUAUUUUAAUAUAAAGUUAAAACUUUGGUUUGUCAUAUGCUUAACAUAAUGAGAUCAUCAUUAUCAUCGUCAUCAUUAUCAUCAUUAUGAUGCGUCUUUUGCGGGUCGAUAAGGAAUCAAUGGAUGUGUCAAAAUCGAGUAAGAUUGUCACACCAGAAAUCAUCUCAUGCGCAUCUUAAGAAGACUAAACUAAUACAACGCCACUUGGACUUGCAUGUAUCGUGCCGAAAAGUGGCGUUGUAUUAGUUUAGUUCCUGAACACUAGGAUAGAACUAACGACUUUGCACACAAAAGGAAACCCUAUACGGUUCAUUACGAUACGGUUGAAGUAGAAAGCCAAAGUUAUAUCCAAGUGGGAUUUUAACCUUGACCUGUAAUAAGGAAAUCUAUUGGCUCUCUCCAUGCACCCAUCGCAAAAUAAACUCGCAAGCUCGAGUUCAGGAGUUGACUCUUGUGAUGAAUGGAAAAGAGGCUUAAGGUGGCUCCCUACAGUUAUUCUUGUUUAAGCAAUAAUUCCGUAAAACAGGCUUAUUUGUGCAGAACGCGAAUUCUUUUCGACUUGGUGGCAAUAUUGGUCACCUAAGGAAUAUUUCGAACUAGAUUUCGACGAUGUCAAUGUUCCCAUGGCAACAUGACGACAGCAUAAAGCCUUCCAAUUUAACCCAUAAAUGUGCCGCUAUCUCAAAAACGAUGUCGGUGACCUAUCUUUUUUUAUUUCAUAUAUCAAUAGGGAAUGAUGCUCUGCAACUGUGGUGAAAGUUUAAAAAAAUUCUGUAGUGUGUGAUUUUUUUAAAAGCGAAAAAUUUAUUGCGAAAUUUCCACACUACAGAUUUUUUUAAAAUUUGAAAUUUAUAAAAUUUACCGCAAAAUAAAUUCGUGGUCAAAAUUUGAAGAUAGGUCACCGAUGAAACUAAUGAGUAAAAUGCAAAUAAAGUUAGAAAAUAGCCUCGUGUAACUCGAGAAAUUCCCCUUAUUGAAAAGCGUCGCUGACUAGUAAAAGAUUGUACGCGGGCGCAGAACGAGUUUUCAUUCAGCAAAAUCGAGCCGCAAUGUUGUUUUUACUGUUUUGUUUUUGUCAACUUUUCGAUUUAUUUGAGUGCUAUGGACAGCCAAGGAUUAUUGUGAAGGAUUAAAUCGAUGAAAACAAGGUUGAAGCUAAUUGAAUCCUGCAGUUUACUCAAUCUAUGAGCUGUAACAGCCUAUUAACAGGUGGACGUGUUUUUUUGUUUCAUGUUUGGUUUUGUAAUUUUUGCUAAAAAUGAACAAUUAGGCUAUGAAACUGAAAUAUUUUUCUGUUUACAUAUAAUCACUUUAAUCUUGUAGAAACACGACUAAAAACGUGAACGUUUUCUUGAGAAGUAAACAACUUUUUAAACGUUUCUAUGCAAUUUUGCAAAUGUUUUACAGUUGAGUCAGUUGACAGUGUAUAAAAAAAUUAAAAAAUAUUGUUUCGAAGCUAUUUUUUGGUCUAGUGAUAUUCGUAUUAUUUAAGUGAUUUGCCACUCAAAACAAAGUAUUAUUCAACGCUUUUUUCCAUUAGAAAUCUUUCAGAAAUAGCUUUAUUUUUAAAAAAAAGCAUGGUCAAUUUUUGUUUUGUUUUGAUCAUGCAGUUGCGUGGGAUAGUUCCCGUACUUGUCCCGCGAACAUCCCGCACGGAACUGUACUGUAGGGAGCCUCCUUAAGGGCAAAUGAUUAAUUUUGUAUGUAUUGGACUUCUUUCUUUUUUUCGCUUUAGUUCCAUCUUCUAUCGCAGCUUUGAGUGGAGUGAGUAUAUCUUUAUUUUAUGCAUGGAAACCAGGAUAGUGCUUUACACUUGGAUUUACAGAUUUAAAUUUGACAAGGGCAGCAAAAUAUUGCAUAUUUUACCACAAUAGACUGGUCUUAAAUGCAUGCAGUACAAAGUACGCACGCAUGCCUCCAACAGACUACAACAUCUAUACAUGCAUCCAACUGGCCAAAACCUAACCCUGAUCCUAACGUCUGGCUGGACACAAUAAUAAGCAUACAUAGAUUCAGGUUGUCCUACGACCGUUUGAAGAAUUGAAGUACCUCAUAAAUUCGUGUAGUCUGAACCGCGGGCUUUGCCAAAAUUCACAGCCACAGGUGCUUUAAAAGUAUAGCUACCACUAACCCUGACCCUGACUCUGACCCUGACCUUCGAAAGAAAACGACGACUGGGACCCAGGCAAUUAUGCGCUGUUCUCGCGUCGUCAUGAUAAUGCCUUUUGAGUAAAAGCUAUAUGUCUAGGCUGGUAUAGCCUAUAGGGAAUGUUAAGUGGGCGAUAUUUAGUAAACAAGUUAGUAAACAAUAUUUUAAAAACCUAACUUAAAACGUGUACUGUAUUCUCAAUCUAUAGAUAACUCCAUCAACCACGGGCAGUGCAACGCCACUGAUUGACAACGUGAUUGCUCCUUUAGCAGCCGCAAAUGCCGUAAGUUUUCGUUUUCUUAUUUCCAGUAAUUUCCUGAAGGUAAUGCGUUUUCUUAAAUCUUCGCGAACUGCGAGCCAAUAA